AUGAGCCUCCUCGUCUGCAGCCUCGCCCCCACCGCGCUAGUGGACGGCUCGUCGUGGCGGAUGAUGCUGAACGUUGGGCGCGUGGAUGGAUCGGCGAUGCCCGCCUCCUGGGCCGCAUCCGGUGGUCGGCUACUGCUGCCGCUCGGCGUGCGCUUCGACGGAGGCCGCGCGCAGCCGAGCGACGGUGCGGUCAAGUUUGUGGGCCCGCGCGGCGAGGAGAGCGUGGCCGUGGAGGAGAGCGACGGAUGGCACGCCACGGAGAAGAACUUCUUGGGCGAGUCCGAGCUGCGCUUCUCGCUGCAGAUCGGCGGCGCACGGCGGAAUGACGUCAGCCUCCCGCCUGGACGGUACUUUUUCCGGGCGCGCUGCUGGGACGACGAGACGCUUCCGGACGCCGAGGAACAGGUGGCGGAGCUGGAGAGGGAGGCGACGUGGCGAGCGGCGGCGCGGCUAGUGCUGCCUCCCGUCCGACGGCACUGGAGGCUCGCCGGCGGCGACGACUUCGCCAUCGUCGGAACCUUCUCGUGGGCGCCUUCGGCCGACGUCGACGCGUGA